UGUGAGCGCUGGCCCGGCGGGGGGGGAGGAGGGGAAUCUCCCGCCAUUUUUCAAUAAUUUCCUCCGGUGCCACUAAGGAGGAGUUGUGACUGGCGGCUGCGGGGGACUCAGAGUGCAGGUUGGCCGGGGGACCGCUGCCAGGAGGCGCCGCGGGGUGCGUGGAGGCUGUGUGCCUGGGCUUUCUGCCCCAUGGCUCCCACGGAACGGCGCCGGCUGUGAGGGAGCCGGAGUUCGCGCCGCCCUCUCACCCCUCCCCUCCCCCACCUCCCCGGGAGCCAGGCGCCCGCUCCGGGCCGCGGGGCCUAGCGCUGCGCCCCGGGCCGGCGAGGAGCCGCGCGCCCGCCCGCCCGCCACGCCGCCGCCGCCGCCGCCAUGGCGCCGCUCCUGGGCCGCAAGCCCUUCCCGCUGGUGAAGCCGCUACCCGGAGAGGAGCCUCUCUUCACAAUCCCGCACACCCAGGAGGCCUUCCGCACCCGGGAAGAGUAUGAAGCCCGUUUGGAAAGGUACAGUGAGCGUAUUUGGACAUGUAAGAGUACUGGAAGCAGUCAGCUCACACACAAGGAGGCCUGGGAGGAAGAACAGGAAGUGGCUGAACUUUUAAAGGAGGAGUUCCCUAUCUGGUAUGAGAAACUUGUUCUGGAGAUGGUUCAUCAUAACACUGCCUCCUUGGAGAAGUUAGUAGAUACUGCUUGGUUGGAAAUCAUGACCAAAUAUGCUGUAGGAGAAGAGUGUGACUUUGAGAUUGGAAAGGAGAAAAUGCUCAAGGUGAAGAUUGUGAAGAUUCAUCCUUUGGAGAAAGUUGAUGAAGAUGCCACAGAGAAGAAAUCGGAUAGUGCCUGUGAUUCUCCAUCAAGUGACAAAGAGAAUUCCAGUCAAAUUGCUCAGGACCACCCGAAGAAAGAGGCAUUAGUGAAAGAGGAUGAAGGAAGGCGAGAGAGUAUCAAUGACAGAGCACGCAGGUCUCCACGAAAACUUCCUACUUCAUUAAAAAAAGGAGAAAGGAAAUGGGCUCCUCCCAAGUUUUUGCCUCACAAAUAUGAUGUGAAACUACAAAAUGAAGAUAAGAUCAUUAGCAAUGUGCCAGCAGACAGCUUGAUUCGUACAGAGCGCCCACCAAAUAAGGAGAUAGUCCGGUACUUUAUACGGCACAACGCCUUGCGGGCUGGCACUGGAGAAAAUGCACCUUGGGUGGUUGAAGAUGAAUUGGUGAAGAAAUACUCUCUGCCUAGCAAGUUCAGUGACUUUUUACUUGAUCCAUAUAAGUACAUGACUCUCAAUCCUUCUACUAAGAGGAAGAAUACUGGAUCCCCAGACAGGAAACCCUCAAAGAAAUCGAAGACAGACAGUUCUUCUCUGAGCUCACCACUAAAUCCUAAGUUAUGGUGUCAUGUGCACUUGAAGAAGUCAUUGAAUGGCUCCCCUCUCAAAGUGAAGAACUCCAAGAAUGCCAAGUCUCCCGAAGAACAUCUGGAAGAGGUUAUGAAGAUGAUGUCCCCCAGCAAGCUCCACACCAACUUCCACAUUCCUAAGAAAGGCCCUUCCACCAGGAAGCCAGGCAAAGCUGGUGACAAGCCUUUGAAGGCCAAGGGCAGAAACAAAGGCAUCCUGAAUGGACAGAAGUCUACAGUGAAUUCCAAAUCUCCCAAAAAGGGGCUGAAGACCCCUAAAACCAAAAUGAAGCAGAUGACUUUAUUGGACAUGGCCAAAGGUACUCAGAAAAUGACACGAACCCCACGGAAUUCUGGGAGUGCACCGCGGUCCUCUAGUAAACCUCAUAAACACCUGCCUCCUGCCGCCCUCCACCUAAUUGCCUACUACAAAGAAAACAAAGACAAGGAGGACAAGAAGACCGCCCUGUCCUGUGUCAUCUCCAAAACGGCACGGCUACUCUCCAGUGAGGACCGGGCUCGCCUCCCCGAGGAAUUGCGCAUACUCGUUCAAAAGCGUUAUGAGCUUCUAGAACAUAAAAAGAGGUGGGCUUCUAUGUCCGAAGAGCAGCGGAAAGAGUACUUAAAAAAGAGACGUCAGGAGCUGAAAGAAAAGUUGAGGGAAAAGGCCAAACAACGACGAGAGAAGGAAAUGCUAGAGAAGCUGGAGAAACAGAAGCGAUACGAGGACCAAGAGUUGAGUGGCAAAAGCCUGCCAGCGUUUCGCCUGGUGGACACACCUGAGGGGCUGCCCAACACCCUGUUCGGGGAUGUGGCCCUAGUGGUGGAGUUCCUCAGCUGUUACUCGGGGCUCCUCCUACCAGAUGCCCAGUAUCCCAUCACCGCAGUGUCCCUUAUGGAUGCCCUGACCGCAGACAAGGGCGGCUUUUUAUACCUGAACAGGGUGUUGGUCAUCCUGCUACAGACCUUACUGCAGGACGAGAUUGCCGAGGACUAUGGGGAGCUGGGGAUGAAGCUGUCAGAAAUCCCACUCACCCUGCAUUCUGUCUCUGAGUUGGUCCGCCUCUGCUUGCGCAGAUCUGAUGUCCAAGAGGAGAGUGAGGGUUCAGACCCCGAUGACAACAAAGACUCAGCCCCAUUCGAGGAUAAUGAGGUGCAGGAUGAGUUCCUCGAGAAGCUGGAGACAUCUGAGUUUUUUGAACUCACGUCUGAGGAGAAGCUCCAGAUCUUGACGGCACUGUGCCACCGGAUCCUUAUGACCUACUCCGUGCAGGACCACAUGGAGUCCAGACAGCAGAUGUCAGCCGAGCUUUGGAAGGAACGGCUGGCUGUGCUGAAAGAGGAGAAUGACAAGAAGAGGGCAGAGAAACAGAGACGGAAAGAAAUGGAAGCCAAAAAUAAAGAGAAUGGAAAAGAGGAGAAUGGAUUGGGCAAAAUUGAUAGGAAAAAAGAAAUCGGGAAGUUAGAGCCCCAAAUAGAUAUGGAGGCUGAAGACAUAGUUAGCGCGGUAAAGAGUCGGAGGCUGCUUGUCCUGAGAGCUAAGCAGGAGCGGGAAAUCCAGGAGAGAGAGCUGAAAGUGAAAUUAGAGCGGGAAGCUGAGGAAGAGCGGAUGCGGAAGCACAAAGCAGCUGCUGAGAAGGCUUUCCAGGAGGGCAUUGCCAAGGCCAAGCUAGUGCUGCGGAGGACACCUAUUGGUACCGACCGGAACCACAACAGAUACUGGCUCUUCUCUGAUGAAGUUCCUGGACUGUUCAUUGAGAAAGGCUGGGUACAUGACAGCAUCGACUACCGAUUCAACCAUCGCCGCAGAGACCGUGCAGACUCUCCCGACAAGGAUUACUGUCCGCGAAGUAAGAAAGCCAAUUUAGGCAAAAACGCAAGCAGGAACCCUCAUCACAGACCAGCAGCGGGUGCUGCUGUGGAGACCACCACACCCAAGCAAGGCCAGAACCUAUGGUUUUUGUGUGAUAGUCAGAAAGAGCUGGAUGAAUUGCUCAACUGUCUUCAUCCUCAGGGAAUUAGAGAAAGUCAGCUUAAAGACAGACUAGAGAAGAGGUACCACGAUAUUAUUCACUCCAUUCAUUUGGCUCGGAAGCCAAAUUUGGGUCUAAGAUCCUGUGAUGGCAACCAGGAGCUCUUGAACUUUCUCAGGAGUGAUCUCAUUGAAGUAGCGACAAGGCUGCAGAAGGGAGGCCUUGGAUAUGUAGAGGAAACAGCGGAGUUUGAAGCCCGGGUCAUUUCCUUAGAGAAGCUGAAGGAUUUUGGUGAGUGUGUCAUUGCCCUUCAGGCCAGUGUGAUAAAGAAAUUUCUACAAGGCUUCAUGGCUCCCAAGCAGAAGAGAAGAAAACUCCAAAGUGAAGAUUCUGUAAAAACUGAGGAAUUGGAUGAAGAGAAAAAAAUGGUAGAAGAAGCAAAGGUUGCAUCUGCACUGGAAAAAUGGAAGACAGCAAUCCGUGAAGCUCAGACAUUUUCCAGAAUGCACGUUUUACUCGGGAUGCUCGAUGCCUGCAUCAAAUGGGAUAUGUCAGCAGAAAACGCUCGAUGCAAAGUUUGUCGAAAGAAAGGUGAGGAUGACAAACUGAUCUUGUGUGACGAGUGUAAUAAAGCCUUCCACCUGUUUUGUCUGAGGCCAGCCCUCUAUGAAGUACCAGAUGGUGAGUGGCAGUGCCCAGCCUGCCAGCCUGCCACUGCCAGGCGCAAUUCCCGGGGCAGGAACUACACGGAGGAGUCCACCUCCGGGGACAGUGAUGACGCAGAGAGCAAUUCAGAGGUGGAGGAGGAAGAAGAGGAGGAGGGGGAGGAGGAAGAGGAGGAGGACUACGAGGUGGCUGGCUUGCGGCUGAGGCCUCGAAAGCUCAUCCGGGGCCGGCAGUGUGUCAUCCCUACCACAGCCCGGCCUGGGCGGCCACCCGGCAAAAAAUCACAUACCACCAGGAGACCACGGCCCAAGGGAGCCCCUGUCCCUGCCGAUGACUCUGAGCUGGACGAGCUGGUGCUUCAGAGCAAGCGCAGCUCACGGAGGCAGAGCCUGGAGCUGCAGAAGUGCGAGGAGAUCUUGCAGAAGAUCAUCAAGUACCGCUUCAGCUGGCCCUUCCGGGAGCCGGUGACAAGGGAUGAGGCAGAGGACUACUAUGAGGUGAUCACACAGCCCAUGGACUUCCAGACGAUGCAGAGCAAGUGUGCAUGCGGUGGCUACGGCUCUGUGCAGGAGUUCCUCGCCGACAUGAAGCAGGUGUUCACCAACGCUGAGCUGUAUAACUGCCGUGGCAGCCACGUGCUCAGCUGCACAGCCAAGACGGAGCAGUGCCUGCUGGCGUUGCUGCGCAAGCACCUGCCUGGGCACCCAUACGUGCGCAGGAAGCGCCGCAAGGGCCCCGAACCACCUGCCGACGAGCCAGAGGACAGCGAUCCUGAGCCCGGUGCAAAUGCCCGGGGCCGGAGGCAAAGGAAAUAGAGGCCAGGCUGGCCUUGGUAAGGGAGUGGAGGUGGGAGGAUGGAGGACUGGUGGGGGAGACCACCAGGGGGGGGCACAAGACAAGGGAGGAGGAUUUGAAGAAGUGAUGGAGAGCGCCAGACAUGCCUGCACCCCCGCCCCACCCCACACAGGGCUGGCUUAAGCAAAGCCCUUGGGGAGUCUGGGGUCCUGCUGGCAGUCACUGGGUAGAAAGGGGCCAGCCCUGUGGUCUGAGCACCCCCAGGAGGAGCCCUGUGCACCCCUCCCUGGGGCCCCUACGCCCUUUCCUCCUCCUCUCAGUGAGGGUGCCGGGGAACACAGUGGAGUCCCAUGCGCACCAGCAUCACGGGACGGCAGCCGUCUUCUGAGGACAUCUUGUGGAGUAGAGAGACAUUUCCUGGAGCCAUUCCUCAGCACCUCUCCUUUGUGAGCCCCCUCGCUGCCUCCGGAAACAAAGCUAAGGCACUUCCCCAGACUGCGGUCCUGCUUGUGAUCACACCUACCUUCCCACUGGUCGCCUGGCCGCCAAGCAGCAGAUGCCCGGAGCAGAGCGCUGAGUUGUUCAGAGGACUUUUCUAGUUGUUACCUUGCUUGUUUCUCAGCACACUGUAUAAAGAGCACCUGUCUGCUCCUCCCACCUCAGCACGCAGGUUUCUACGCGUGCAUUGUUCCCUGCCUGCUCCUCCACAGAAACCGCUGGGGUGCCAGCAAGCAGUGGGGUGCAGUGAGGUCCCCACCUGCCCUGCUGCACCUCCUGUUCCCUGGCCCCAUCCUGGCUACGCUGUGUUUGUGGGUGUCCACAGGUGGGGGAGCCCAAGCCCCACAGCUGGCCCAGCCUGGGCACAGCCCUGAGAGCGCGUUUGUAGUCUCUCCCUUUUACUGCAGAUUUUGAUAAAAGUACAAGACAGGGUUUCAUUUUCUUUUCUACCAACUCUGGGUUUAGAAAACAUGGGCACCUGGGCUCUUCUGUGCCUGUCCGAAGGAAAAGCAGUCUGCGUGGGGAUCGCCAUUCAGGCGACUGGGUAGAGCCCGUGGACCGGAACUUGCAGGGGGGUCCCUGCCACCCCAGGUCUCCCUCUCUUCCCAGGUCUGCUGGGAGUGCGGACCCCAAGUGGCAGCCCAGCCCCCACCAUUGCCCCAUUCCUUUACAUGGCUCAGGAGGAAGGCAGGCGGGGGCUUGUCAUAAGUUGGAAUUUCAAAUAAACAUUAUGUACUUGUGUUUCUAAAGAAGCA